AUGCUUUUUGUACCUGAGGUUUUUCUGCCUGGUCUUCUGUACCCUUUCAGUCUUUUGCUUCACAUUUAUAAGAGAAAGGAUGGCUUAAAGGGACAUUAUUCCAAUGAACUGUGGGACAGAAGGUGGCAAAUGGUGACAUAUCUGUGGAACUUGUCUGGAAAAUUAUGGAAUUAUAUGAGUGAUCUGGCACACAAGAAAGUAAUUUUAUAUGGCAUCAUUGUCUCGGCAAAAACUGUAGUUCAGACUCUAAGAGACAGACAUGAAAAACCACCAGAAAACAUGCUAAGAGCUUUAUUAGAAAGAUUUCAUGAACAUCAGAAGGUUGACUAA